AUGUUCAAUCCAGAAUCACUGCAUGAUGCCGUGGAGUGUGAGAAGUUGGAAGUCGUAGAAUCAUUGUUAAAAAAUGGAACUAAUCCGAAUAUUGUCAAUGAAGAAGGCAUGUCACCUAUACAUCUAGUUUGUUACCGUCCAAGUUUGUCGAAUAAGCAGUUGGAUAUUGCUCAAAUUCUCAUCCGGUACAAAGCUGAUCUCAACUUAAAAGAUAAAUAUGGUAAUAGUCCAAUGAUGAAUUUAUUUCAGCAUGAUCAUGACUAUAAUACAUAUCGCUUAGACAUGUUGAAAUUACUGCUAGAAAAUAACGCAGAAGUUCCAAAUAAUUACAAGACAAAAAAAGACUUAGACAACCAAAAAAAUUCCAAAUUGAUCGAACAGAUUGAUAUGUUAAUUAAAAAUUCGAAUGGUUUAAGUUUUUACAGUUUUCCAAAUGAGUCUCCUCUACAUUUAGCUGUUCAUUUCAGAGCUUUAGAAACUGUUGAACUUCUUCUGAAAACUGGCAUAGAUUCGGAUCAGUUCGACGAUGAAAGCACGACACCUUUGAAUAGAAUAUGUAACUUGCCAAAAUUAACAGACGUCGAUAUAAAAAUGAUUCGACUUCUUAUUCAGUAUAGAGCCGAUGUCAAUGCAAAAGGUUACGAUGUAGAAGAAGACGACGAUGACGGCGAAGAAAUGGAGUACUAUUCAGAUUUUGAAUCAGAUUCAGAAACAGAGUUUCCAGUCGGAAACACUCCUAUGAUAAACCUAUUUUAUCGUAAGCAAGACUAUGAACUACGUAAGGAAGCUUUAAAAUUAUUGCUGGAUGGAAACGCCGAUUUUACUCUUUCUGGUCGCGGAGGCCGUACAAUACUGGACGUUCUUCUUCAAAAAGAAUUGAAUACAAAUAUAAUCGAAAUAAUUGAAUUGUUGAUAAAAUACGGAAUGGAUUUGAAUAAGGUAAACAAAAUAAAUGGUAUGACUCCAAUAUACUAUCCUCUUAUUGAAAGAGAGCCAGAAAAAGUAGAAUUCCUAUUGAAAAAAGGGGCAGACCCAAAUGUUCGUUGUUUCCUUUCUUGGACACCUCUGAACUUCAUCUGCGUUGAAAAUGAAUUAACGCAUUCCGAUGUGGACAUGAUAAAACUUCUCAUACAGUACAAAGCCGACGUUAACAUCAAAGAUGAAAAUGAUAAUAGUGCUGUGAUAAACUUAUUUUCCGUCCCACGGAAUCGCAGGAAUGCAAGGCCGAAUACUAAUGAUUUUAAUACGAAUGAUCAAGUAUAUCGUAUGCAAGUGUUUGAAUUACUCAAAGAAAAUAACGCCGAUCUAACCGGUCUUGACUGGUACGGUGAAUGA